UGCUGGAUGGAACUGCUUGGGGGUCGACAGGAGGAAGUCUGACAGAAACACACGCCCACCAUCCGCCACAGCUGAAGCUGCCAUAUGCAGACUUCCUCCAUCCGAGACAUGGAUGGAGUUUUGACGACGCUUUACUUUACCGAAAAUUAAAUCGCGUUUACGAUUUUCCUUCUUGUUUGUUUGCAGCUAGCAAAGCUGCCGUGAGUCCAUUCCUCACCGUGUCUUUCCGGGAAGGCUCGGGUGUUUUUGGGAACGUCUAUGAUGGAUCUCCAAAGCUCCUUGAAAACCACGCUGAAGAAUAAAUACCAGACAUUGAAAGAAGCAUUUUCCAAGAAACCAUUGCUCCCCUCAAGAUGUCGGAACCUCAGCGCAUACUUCACAUCAUAUAAUUUUCACGAUCACGAGCUCAGACAUGUUGAUACUUCUUACCUUCCUGUAGAUGUUGUUCAUGCAUGUAUGCCACUCGCCGAAGUCUUAUCAUGUGAAUACGGAUAUUUCAGCAACAGAAGAACCAUCCUCACUUUAGGAGUGAGUGGAAUUGGAAAAACCACAGUGGUUCAGAGUUGCGCUCUUGAUUGGGCCGAGGACAGGGGCCACCAUGACAUUCAGUUCCUGUUUCCUCUCAACUUCUGGGAAUUGAAUUUGCUUAUUAAACACAAACUGAGCCUGAUCGAACUUCUCCAGAUGUUUUACCCAGAACUGAAGGGACUCAAUGCGUCCAGCCUAAACAGCGAUGCCGUGUGGUUUUUCUUCGACGGACUGGAUGAGUUUAAUCUCAUGCUAGACUUCUCUUGCCCAUCUGUUAGUGAUGUUUCUGAAGCAUCCACAGUAGAUAAUCUCGUUACUAGUCUGAUUGUGGGAAGUUUGCUUCCUAACGCUCACAUAUGGGUAACGUCCAGAUUUUCAGCUAUGAAGCAAAUCCCCAGAACCCUUAUGCUUAGAGAGACUGAACUGAUGGGUUUCAACGAUGCACAGAAGGAACAGUACUUCAGGAUGGUUAUUGAUGAUGAAGAACUGGCCUAUAAAGCAAUCAACUGUGUGAGAAUAUCAAGGAGCCUGAACUUCCUCUGUCAAGUACCUUCAAUCUGCACCAUUAUGGCACAUGUUCUGGAGACUCCUUUUGAAACAGGUAACCGAUAUCAAAUAAAACCUUUGACUCUGACUCAGAUUUACACUCUCGGUUACAACCUGGUGGAAACCUCGGAUGUUGUCAGCAAACUGAAAAAGCUGGCACUACUUCGGAUGGGAGAGGGCAGCGUUAUGUAUGAGGAGAACCUUUUAGAGUUGGGCAUCACCGUUAAGGAGGCAUCAAUAUUCUCCAAAAAGUGCCCACUUCUGUUGAGAGAGGAAACGGGGCUGCACAACACCACAGUGUUUCGUUUCAGUCACGUGAGUGUCCAGGAGUAUUUGGCUGCGUCAGCCAAACUGGAUGAGAUUGAAGCGUCCGAGACUCCUUCGCUUUCCGAUAGCUGCCAAAGUCUGGUGGAUGCAGCUGUGGCGCACAAACAGGGAAAAUGGGAUAUCUUCCUCCGUUUCAUCUUUGGCCUCAUCAAGGAACGUCACCUGUUGGAGCCCAAUGAUUUGCUCUUUUUCUACACCAAGAAGGUCAUGUUGGAAAACAUUUUCGAUGACAAGUUCGACCCUUUGUUCCCCUCUUUGAAGGAGUAUGACAGCCAGGCUUUAGUGUAUGAAUUGAACAGCUAUAGGAAACACGCUUCCUCUCCAAUCAGUGGAUUCCAGCCGAUGCACUGGGAAAUUGUGAAAGAAAGGCUCAGAAACUGGGACAUGAUAGAAGACUGUUUUGAGAUGCCUGUGUCAGAGAGAUGUGAUAAGCACCUCAUCAGGCUACUACCGACUAUUUUGAAGUCAAAACAAGCCAUGCUGCGAUUCUCUAACCUGACAGAUGACUCCUGUCCAGCCUUGACAGCAGUUCUGAGCACAAAGGAGUCCCACCUGAGAGAGCUGGACCUGGGAUACAACAACAUCAGUGACUACGGAGUUGGGCUUCUUGUCGACGGGCUGGUCGAUAUAAAUUGCAGGCUGAAAUCACUCAGGCUGCAGUGCUGCGGAAUGACCUUCCGAUCCUGUGAAGACCUGGCCAAUGGCCUGUUACUGACCGAGACGCUGCAGGAGUUGGAUCUUAGCAGAAAUGAAAUAGGAGACGAGGGACUGUUUCAACUUUCUGAAGGUUUGAAAGCAGCUCGGUUAAAAAUGCUGAAACUAUCACAGUGCAACAUUGAGAAACAGGGCUGCUGGGAUCUGGCUGCAGCUCUGCAGGAGAACUCUAAACAUCUUAAAGUGUUGGACCUCAGCAGCAAUAUGGUCGGAGACAAUGGCGCCAACGAACUCUUUACGAAAUUCGACAUAUCACGGCUAACAAAGCUGGAGAUGUACCACUGUGGUCUCACCGCACUGAGCUGUGGACUUAUUGGGGAAGCUCUGAAGUCUGAAACCAGCACUCUGGUGGAGCUCAAUCUGAGCAACAACAAACUGAAAGAUGCAGGAUUUAGAGCCAUCUGUGAAGGCAUGUACGCGUGGUCUCGACUGGAAAAACUCAAUGUUUCAAGAUGUGGAAUCACUGAGAAGGGUUGCGUUUUCCUGGCCAAAGUCCUGUGCACGGUGUCGCAGUACUACAGCGUUGGGGUUCAACAAAUGAACUGGCAGGCGGUCGAGCUGAGAGAGCUCGACAUCAGCAUGAACCUUCUUGGAGACAGAGGAGUCAAAGAAAUGUCACCUGGCCUGCAGAACCCUUACAGCCACCUCAAAACUCUCAACCUGAGUCAUUGCGGCCUGAAUGACGACUGCUGUUCAGAACUCGCGUCAGGAUUUGCAUCGAUCAACAGUGUCCUCAGUGACCUGGACCUGUCCAACAACGACCUUCGCGAUAGGGGAAUGAAGAAGCUCUGCGUAGGACUCAGAAACCCUCAGUGCAAACUGAAAAAACUGUCACUGAGGAGCUGUGGCCUGACCUCUAAGAGCGUUCAGUUCCUGACCUCUGCCCUGAAGUCGAACCCCUUCCAUCUAAAAGAGCUGCAUCUGAUGGGCAACAAACUGGAAGACCCUGAUAUCGAAGUGCUUGUGGAGCUAAUGAAGUGCAAGAAAUACACGCUGCGGAUAUUAGAUGUCUCAGCAGAUUGAAGAACUCACACAAAAGGACACAAACUGUUCAAACUGACUCACAUUUCUCAAAUUCAUCAUCGACUGAACCACUAAAAACUCAUAAAAAUGUGCCAUAGUUACACAUUUAGAAGUUUUGUCCAGCAAAAGGAUCCUAUUCUAGCUUAAAAUGGCCAAAAUGUAGCUCUACAAUGUAGCGUCCUGCAUAAUGUGUUACCAAGUUAUGUGUUAACUUAAUAAUCUCACUUUAAUAGUUUACUUUGCUGCAUUCUUAUGUAUUUUUAUGAAACCAAUUUGUGCCUUUUCUGCAUCAGUUUAAGGUGAAAAUGUUAUUAUUCAAAGUGACCAAAAAUAUAGACAUAGCAUGUGAUAUUUAUUUAGUUUUGUAAAUUCUUUGAGUUAAGUUUUCCCUUUUUUCGCUUUUUAAUCAUGAUCAAUUUAUUUAGGCUUUUUGGCAAGAUUUACCCUAUUUAAGUGUUUUGAAUAAUUCUGUUUUCACUUUGACAGAGUCUUUUUAUGGAAUGAAGUCGAGUUAAAAAAUGCCUAAAUAUUUUGACCAUGAGUUUAUGUAUCACAGGGAAAGAAAUAUGUGUUGUUUCAACACCUGGAACCUUUUAAAUAGACGUAUGAAAGAACCAAAUAUAUUGGAAAUGAGAAUAACAAAACAUGACAAAUUUGAUUUAUGCAUUUUUGUUCACAUCAGAGAAAAAGAUAAUUUACAUAUUGCAUUUACAUUAUUUUUCAGUGUAUUUUUGCAGUUCUGCAUUUUAAUAAUUGAAAGACUUAAAUCAAUGUACCUUUAGAUUUGAUAGUAUUUGUUCUGUUAUAUUUACUUCACUUUGACAGUUACUAACAAUAAUAUUCAUUGCAGCACGUCCACUUACUAGAAAUCUUCUACAAGUGAAUUUUCUGUGCUGCAACUGUUUACCUACUUGGCAGCCCUGUGUCAUAUUUUUGUAUAAUACAUAGAAAGAAAAACACAGAAUUCAUGUACCAGCUGGAAAUUCAAAUUGUAAAGGCUCACAUAUUUUUUACAUUGCUUUCAAAUAUGUAUAUUUGUGCAGAUCAACUAUUGAAUCUCCACAUAUUUACUCUUCUGUCCUCUUGUUUGAUAUGAGAGAAAUUACCUAUUUUAAUAUGACACAUGUUCAGAAGGUUGUUUGAAAGCUAUGCCUUUGUUAGACACCUAUUUGGAGCAUCUAUAUGUUUCAGUGCCUCAUUCAUUUGACUUUGUGGACUAUUAUGUAAAAUUGUUAUUGUGAGAUAUUUAUAUUAUUUCCUGUGUAUUUGUUUCUUUUAAGCGUUAUUUAAUUUUUAUUUUUUUUUACCUCCUGUCAAGGUCACUGUGUGCAUCACGUGAAAGUUGAAUAAUACACACUCCUACCAAUGCUGUAUUAUUGUGUGUUAUAACUGAAUGUAUCACGUCUGUGUGAAAUGCAUUCCAACUGUGACCACACAAUAAAAGCAGCCCUGUUCUUUUUGCACCAA